AGCAACAACCUUGCUCUCAUCCGCUGUACAAGAACAGCUCCUUUUAUUGGUCCAGAGCGGUGGUGUGUCAGCUUGUGACGCAACAACAGCGCCAAUCCUGGAGAGAGACACUGCCACCUGAGCUCUUCGAGACCUGACUCUCAGGUCUUUCUCAUCACGACCACCUCGGCUCUGCAGUGCAGGAGCUGUGGUGUUUUGACAAAACGGAGUCGGUGUGUCCUGCCGCGGCCAUGCUUCCCCCAAAGAACUGCCUUCCGAGGAACUACAGCUGCAUAGCCGGCCUGUUCGGGAGUCUCACGGCGGCAAACCCGAGGCUGGAAGAUGGGGAAGAUCUGGAAAUGAUGAACGGCUCUUGUGAACCCAUGGAGAACCCGGUAGUGGACGAAAGGCCCAGAGGCAGAGAGAUUUUUCUGAAGACGCCACAAAGCCCAAACCUUCGCCGAAGGUGCAAAUCGCUGCCUACACCUAUAGAAAGAGCCAAGUUAGAGAUUGUGCGCAGCAGAAGUCCAACCAGCCAGAAAAAGGUCCGGUUCGCCGACUCGCUGGGCCUGGAGCUGAUCUCGGUGAAGCAUUUCGAUGAUGCAGAUGAUCCAGAGGUGCCGGAGCGCAUCCUGGCGAAACUACCCAAAGGAACUCUCCACCAGAUGGACACAAAGUUCCCCCGGGCUCCGUCGCAGUCUGUGUUCAUGGAACUGCAGUUCACUAACCCAGGCACGAUGCCCGGCUUCCAGCAGAAAGUCAGAGAGGUGAAGGUGCUGCUUGAGACUGUGGAGACGGACGACUUCAGCCUCUCCGGGUUCGUGCGCGUCUUGAACAUGGCUUUCGAGAAGAGCGUGUCUUUGCGCUAUUCUCUAAACAACUGGAUCACAUUCAUGGACAGCUUGGCCACCUACGUCCCCGACUCGAGCGACGGCGUCACCGAUAAGUUCCGUUUCAAAAUCGUCAUGCCCACCUACCUGGACAACGGCGGCACUUUGCAGUUCGCCAUUAAAUACUGCGUCGGUGGCCGGGAAUUCUGGGACAAUAACAACGGGAACAACUACAAAGUGCGACGCCACCAGCUGAAGAUGUCGCCACCUCGGGAAUGGGAAAACGGUUGGAUUCAUUUCAUCUGAAGGUGCGCGUUUGCAGUGGCGCAUUCCGUGCGCUAUUUGCGCGUAAUGAUCCCCGGGGUACCUUACUUCUGACUGCAGCCUGUUACAUUUUUGGAUAUAUGAUUUCUGCCAUUGCCAGCUAUCCACACGCUGCGACAGAAAUGACUGAGCCAUGGUUUUAUUUUCUCCAAACGUCUGCCGUGUUGCCAGAGCCUGACAGGGUCCCGGGGUCGGUGGGAUGUGGUCAAAUGUCAGGGCUCGGUACCCUUUGGUGACAGGAGGUAUGCUCACGUUAUGUAAUCUGCCACGGAAAACGCGCUGGGCUCCCCCACUCAUUUCAGGAGACGAUGUAGCUACACUUGAGUUGAUGGCGUGGUGUUUCUCCGUCGCAUUGUUUUGCAUGUGCGCAUCCACGUUGAUUUAGGACAGGCGUCGCUGUUUAGCUGCGCUCUCAGUCCUCCAACGAUUCCCUCCAGUCACGCGCUGAAACAGAAGACAUACAUCUAAAAUAAAUCAUAUAUUAUAUAAAUAUGAAUAAAAACGUUAUUUUAUAUACAGAUAAAGGCGUAUAUUUCCUAUGUGAUUUCAUUGAAAUGCCUUAUAAGCCAUGAUGGAAGUUUAUAGCUGUAUUUAGUUUUUGUUAGAACAUCAUCAUCAAACUUACAUGGUAGAAAUAAUACUUAGUAAUCUAAAUUAGCUGUUUUUUCUUCCAUUCUUGCAAAACUCCUGCAACAUUAUCCCCCAAAACAUUACUUUCCCUUUCCAGAGGAUAAAUUAUAACAUUAAAUCUCAUAUUCAUAUGUCACGAAGGUGGUAUUUGUGAAGACUGGGACCCAUCGCUUCUAAAAUGCCUUGAUAUUUGUUUCCAUAAACCUCCAACAUGGCUGCUGUUCUCACAAAGGAAUGCAGUAGCUAUUUGAGUUUUACCUCACUUUUUUCUUCUUCAGGUCUAUUGUAAUAGAACAGAUACUAUCUAUAGUGUUAUUUUUACAUUCAGAUGAAAACUUACUAUUGUACAUUCACAGAUUUUAAACAAAACUUAUUUAACAGGUUCUGAUUGCACUGUGUAUCUGCAGUUCUGUCUACAAAGUAGCUGUCAGAGAUGACUGCAUUUAAACUGCUGUAAAGGUACUCGAUAGUCACCGCUUUGCCACUUCCGUGCUGCUCCUUGCACUCCACACAGAUGACCAAAAAUGUGAGCAACGUCACAGUGUGAAAAAUGAUGUUCUUGAUCUGCGAUCCGUCUUGGUUCUUUUAUUUUUACACCGUAUUCAGUCGCUUUUAGUGGUGGUCUGUAUUUAAUCUGCUCCCAUGGGCACAUUUUAUCUUCAAAGGGAAACUUCAGAUUGUUUAAAGUGUGUUUUGGUACGCAGAUAAAACAAUAUCUGUCAUUGAUAGCUCUUUGAACAACCUCAGUUUGGAGAAAUGGAGAUUAGUUCAGACUGAGCAAAUGACUAAUCUAGUGGCUGUUCCAAAACAACUCCAAUCUCACUAUUUUUUGUACCAAAUGUAGCAUUUCUGGCUGGAAUUUCAUUGUAAAUUUACCAGGAAUUUAAAAAUAAAUAAUAUUUAUAAAAAUGUAAAGGAUCAAAAAUAAAAUUAGCAUGAAGUACUUAAUUUUUUUAAGGCUUGGAGUUGUUUUAUGAGACUUUGUAACUAAUGUUUAACCUUUAGCUUGUCUGUGAAAUCACAACUAAUCUCUGUUUCUGCAAACGGAUGCUGCUGAUAAAGAAGUUUCCAAACAGGAACGUUCCUAACAUAAUGAUCUGAACUACUCCUUAAUGAUGGAAAAGCUUCUAGAAGUACGUGAAUGCCGAUGCGGUUCCUGCUUUCUUAACGUCGGUAUUUGGGAGGAAGCCGAGAGCUGAAAUGUCAGAAAUCUGAGGAACAACAGGCUGCGUGCUUUUAAAUUCCAGCACUCUGACUGUAAUCUGAACGCACCCUUCGCCUUUGUUUACAUCAGCGCAGCCUCAGAGGGAAGCUCUCCAUUUAAUGAGGUUGGUAUGAUGGAGACGAUUCCUGUCAACCACUUAAGUUUUGGAGCAGUUCCAUGUUGAAUCCAUCACGGGUGUUUGUCUCCAGCUUUGACACUUGUCAGGGUUGUUAGGCUAAAGCUGAUUUGUUUUGAUGAAGUGAGAGAUAUGGUAUUUAUUAUCUGCAAACACACAGCUAAUCUUAUUUUUAUGUCCAAAGCUGCUUUUAUCUCACCUGCUUAUUCAAGUCAUUGUGAACAUAUGAGGUCCAAGUAGCAGAGCCCAUUGGCAUAUGUGGAUAUUUACAUACUGUUCAAGUAAAUGUAUAUUUGGUUCAAAUAUAAGUACAGUGCAAUACUAGAAAGUGUUUAAUAUCAAAGAAUAGAUCAUGGAUUUAAAGAAAUAAUCUCUGCAAAUAGAAAGUGUUUUUUUACAGAAUAUUUUAGAAUAAAUAUUUAGUUUGGGGAUUUCUUGACACAAACUUAUUUGGUUCCACUGUGUAAUUAUAAUAAAUGUGUAGAGAUGAGAAGAUGAGGUUGAAUACUACUCAGCUGUGCUGUUGUUGGUGCAAAGAAAUCAUAACGAUCUUAAAGGGCCAGCGUCCUGGUUAGAAUCUCUUCUGUGUGUGUGUGUUUGUGUAAACUGUGCAUCAAAACACUGAAUUGUAGAUAUGUCCGUAAAUCUGUUCCAUCCUGAAUGUCUUCCUGUAACUGUUCUGUGUUCUCUGUGUUUUGAAGCAUCUGAAAGUAGUAUUGAUAUCAGUGGUUAAAGGUUGUUUUCUCAUGAUCUUGUAAAGUUAUAAAAAGCCUUUAGAAUCAUUUAACCUGAGGUUAAUGUUAGAUAUAUAUGACAAGUUAUGUUGUUCAGUUUUGAGAUGUUUUGGCUAAAUAUAAUAUGCCUGAUGUUUAAUCUGAAAUGUACAAAAAAACAAGUGAGCGGCGUACCUGGAAGCCCUGUUUUGGGCGUGCACGGGCAUCUGUCAGUUCACUUUGGGACAUUUAGGAGACGUAAAAGGAGGUAAGCGAGGAAUGAUGUGAUUGUAAUGUGGAGCAUGUGUACUCUGAAUAGUUGCUGAGGGACAUAUCAGGGCGAAAUAAGCAACACUUUGGUGUUUAAUAGCUUUUUUGCAUGAUUGACUUAUGAUUGUGGUAAAUAGUCAGAGCAGGUCUGCAGUGAGAGGAAGAUACGGGGUGUGAUUUAUGACAUGCAAGCUCCUGCUGUGAGUAGUUUCUAGGCAAAAUGCUUUCCAGCAUUUGUACUACUGUUGUCUUUCAUCACAGACAGCUCACCUGAUUACUUCAUGAUCGUUUAUAAUCAAUCACUGGUGCUUUAUGUCUUUAGUUUGCUUUCUUUAACUUUUUCGACCGACCUUAUUUUUGUGUGGUAGCAUCUGGCACUGUGACAUGUCGUUUAUGUGUCCUUUUGUUUCUCUUAACGAUGACCUUUUGCACGAGCAGCUGAAACAUUUAUUUUUUUCUCUUUCACUUUUAUUGUAACUGAUAUUUUGUUUAAAAAAAUACUCAAUAAAAUAAUUUAUGAUGGAAA